AUGCAGCGCCUUAGAGAAGGAAUUUGCCGUGUGGCAGCAACCCCUGCAGCAGCAGCAGAAACAGCAGCAACAACAACAACAGCACCCCCUGUUAUUUGGGGUGCGGCUUUGCUUGGCCGUGCCCACUUCCACCGUGUUGCUGCACCAGAAACAGCAGCAGCAGCAGCAGCAGCAGCUGCUGCUGCUGCUGCUCUACCACACAGCAGCGCAACCACGGGCGAAGUUGUCUCUGACAGCAGCAGCACCGGUGCAGCAACAGCAGCAGCAUCCGCAGCACCAUCAGCAGCAGCACCAACAGCAGCAGUAGCAGCAGCACCAAUAGCAGCAACAACGACAGUAGCAACAGCAGCAGCAACAGGUGCAGCUGCUUCUUCUGUUGUAAUGCUGCCUUUAUUUCAUGAGCUUAGACUGCAGCCGCGUCUGCCGCGUGUUUCUGAGAACGGGCCAGCAGCAGCAGCAGCAGCAGCAGCAGCAGCAGCGUCAGCAGCAGAGAGGCAUCAGCUGCAGCGGUGGUGGAAGGCUGCCCCCUUUAUUAUGAGCAGGCAGCAGCUGGAGAUCAGCGGCAGCGGCUGCAGUGCUGCUGCUUCGCUACAGCAGCAAACUCAGCAGCAGCAGUUCUUCCAGGUGCAGCGACAGCAGCAGCGGCUGCUGCUGCCGCAGGAAGGGGUGCAGCAGGGACAGCAGCAGGAACGGUCAGAGGAUGGGGGUGAGAGCAGCAGCAGCAGCAGCAGCAGCAGCAGCAGCAGCAGUAACAGCAGCAGCAGUAUUUCACCCCACUGCACGCGAAUUUUACAGCGACACCGGGGAGCUGCAGCAGCAGCAGCAGGAGACAGACCAGCAGGCACAGCAACAGCAGAAGCAGCAGCAGAAACAGCAGCACAAGCAGAAGCAGCAGCAGCAGCAGCAUCUCGCCACCUGCUGCGCUCUGCUGCAGCAGCUCUUGUCGCCUCCCCUGUUGGGGAGAUGACUGCGCAGCAGCUCGUUGCUCUCGGCUAUUUCCUUGUAAGCAGCAGCAGCAAAAGCAGCAGCAGCAGCAAAAGCAGCAGCAGCAGCAGCAGCAGUAUCAGAGAACAGCAAGAUCUGAUUUUGUGCCGCCACAUGCUUCUGCGCCUGCUCGUGUUGCUGCGGGAGCACAACAGAAGCGUGCAGCAGCAACAGCAACAGCAGCAGCAGCAGCAGCAGCAAUGGGAGCAGCAGCAGCAGCAGCAGCAGCAAGGGGUGAUCAAUGCUCAGCAGCUCACGCAGAUAUUAAAGAGCCUCGCGAGGCUCCGCACCUUCCAUCGUCUGCUGCACUCCCCCUGGUGGCUGCCGACUGCAGCAGCACCUGCUGCUACUGCUGCAUCUGCUGCGCCUACUGCUGCUGCUGCUGAUGCUGCUGCCGUUACCCCUCCGUCUGCUGCUGCUGCGCCCUAUGCUCCUGGGCCUUCUGCUGCUGCUGCUGCUGCUGCUGAGGCACCGGAAGGAGAGAGCAGCAGCACAGACACCGCAGUGUUCAGUGCAGCAGGGGCUGUCUUUCCCCCGGCGUUCUACCGCCUGCUUGAGAAAGAUAGCAGCAGCAGCAGCAGCAGCAGCACGCAGGCAGAUGGUUUGCCUACUAGAGAACAGCAGCAGCAGCAGCAGCAGCAAAGCACUCGGUGGCACUUGGCGCUGCUAGGAGCUGACGCUUGCACAUUAGCGCAACAGCAGCAGCAGCAGCAGCAGCCGCAGAGGAUUCUGCAGCAGGGAAGGCAGGAGCAGCAGCAGGUAAAGGAGACUGGUGCUGCUGCUGCUGUUGCUGCUGCGGCUUGUGUCACCCCAAUAGCUUUGUCGUUGGCCCUGGAGCUGUCUCUCAUAUUUAGUAGGGACUUGCGCUGCAUUCUACGGCAAGAGCAGCAGCAGCUGCAGCAAGACCAGCAGCAGCAGCAGCAGCAGCAGCAGCAGCAAAAGCAACAGCAGCAGCAAAUUAGGAGGUUCAAAGUUACUUUUAUUCAGCCUGAGGAAAUGGCCCGCGCUGCACUCCACUGCGCCGUCCUCUUCUCACCUUGGACGCGCAGCAGCAGCAGCAGCAGCAGCAGCAGCAGCAACAGCAGCAGCACCGGUACCGCAACCCGCAACAGCAGAAGCAGCAAUAGGAACGGGGACACCAUCCCCAGCAGCAGCAGCAACAGCAACAGCAACAGCAACAGCAGCAGCAGGUAUUCUCCAUCUGCUGCAUCGUUUGAGGAGGCACGAAGUGCUGCGCUGCUGCUGCAGUCCGUGUGCAGCCAUUUGCUGCUGCGCCUGCAGCCUCUCUUUAACUCCAAGAGUGCGGCGCUUGCUGCUACAGCGUUGGGAUAUGCAGAGGUCCCUCCUCCUUCUUGCGUUCUGGCGAAAUAUAAAGCAUAA